AUGCAGUUCACUACCGCUUUCGUUUCCAUCUUGGCCACUGCUGUCAUCGCCAUUCCCACUGGCAAUACUGGCGGCGGCUCUUCCUAUGUUGCUUGCUCCGGUCUCUACAGCAGCCUCCAGUGCUGUGCCACCGAUGUUCUGGGAGUUGCUGAUCUUGACUGCGCUUCUUCCCCGACCGUGCCGACUACGGCCAGCGACUUGAAAAGCAUCUGUGCCAAGGCUGGUCAACGUGUCCGCUGCUGUAUUCUUCCCGUCCUCGGCCAGGGUGUCCUUUGCCAGAAUCCCGUUGGUGUUUAG